ACAAACUAAAUUAAAAAGUUGAUUAAUUCCGUUUUGACCAAUCAGAAACGAGAUGAGCUAAACAUUUCGACGAUCAAAGGAUUUAUAUUCGAGAAUCUGUGCCAUCGGCUUGAUAAAAAGGAAGAGGUUGAGCUGGCUGAAAUGGAGUAUCAACACGCGGUAACCUUGAUAACUGUGUUACUGGCAACAGUCUUUGCCCACAAUCUGAUGGAGGCCAAUUCGAAGUUAUUCGUUGUUUCAUCCGUGGCAACCCUUUCCCUAAGUCACAUCUGCAGCAAAAUUCCUGGCUUGUAUCCUAAGCAGAUUGCCAUCUGUGAAGAGUCUCCCAACGUUAUUAAUUGCAUUCGGGAGGGAUAUCGACUUGGCGCUGAAGAAUGCAAAUUUCAGUUUCGCGAAGAUAGGUGGAACUGUACACUGCUCGGUCAAAGAUCGGUCUUUGACGACAAGGCAAUACAAAAGUUGAUUAAUUCCGUUUUGACCAAUCAGAAACGAGAUGAGCUAAACAUUUCGACGAUCAAAGGAUUUAUAUUCGAGAAUCUGUGCCAUCGGCUUGAUAAAAAGGAAGAGGUUGAGCUGGCUGAAAUGGAGUAUCAACACGCGGUAACCUUGAUAACUGUGUUACUGGCAACAGUCUUUGCCCACAAUCUGAUGGAGGCCAAUUCGAAGUUAUUCGUUGUUUCAUCCGUGGCAACCCUUUCCCUAAGUCACAUCUGCAGCAAAAUUCCUGGCUUGUAUCCUAAGCAGAUUGCCAUCUGUGAAGAGUCUCCCAACGUUAUUAAUUGCAUUCGGGAGGGAUAUCGACUUGGCGCUGAAGAAUGCAAAUUUCAGUUUCGCGAAGAUAGGUGGAACUGUACACUGCUCGGUCAAAGAUCGGUCUUUGACGACAAGGCAAUACCCGGGACGAAGGAAGCUGCUUAUGCACAAGCCAUCACAUCUGCUGGAGUCGUCUACGCGAUCACCAGGGCAUGCAGUAUGGGGAACCUGAGCGAAUGCGACUGUGAUAGGAGGAAGUGGGGACAGAAAAGUAGUAAAGGAUGGAUGUGGGGUGGGUGCAGCGUUGAUAUGAGUUACGGAAUGGAUAUUGCUGAUAAGUUCGUGAACGGGCGGCACAAUAAAAAGGAUGCCAUAUUUUUCAUGAACAAGCACAACAACAAAGCGGGCAGACAGGUUGUUAGAGAGAAUUUGGUUUUUGAAUGCAAAUGCCAUGGAAUUUCUGCAUCCUGUACGACCCGCACAUGCUGGAAGACACUGCCUUCAAUCCGUCAUAUCGGAAAUAAAUUAAAGGAAUACUAUCUUACUGCUGUCCGAAUGAAACCCUCAAUGAUCGACAGCCCCGGUGGCCAGAAGCCAGGACACCUUGUGCCCAUAUCUGACGAUUUAGAGAAACCGAAAUCCAAUCGCUUAGUGUAUCUGAAUGUCUCGGACAUGUAUUGUGCCCGAGACUUGCGUUUGAGAAUCCCUGGAACGCAAGAUCGCAUCUGCAAGAAAACCUCGGUAGGUCCAGGCAGCUGCACGUACUUGUGUUGUGAACGCGGACACGAUACCCACAACUUCACGGAGGUGUCGCAAUGCAAGUGUAAAUUUCACUGGUGCUGUGAAGUGAAAUGUCAGGACUGCGCCGAAACUGUGGUCAAGUACACCUGCAAGGCGCUCAAAGAGAGUCGGGAAAUUCAGUGCCGCUGUCAUGGCGCCUCGGCGUCGUGUGUUACCAGAACCUGCUGGCAGGCGCUUCCCUCCUUCAAAAAAGUGGGACUUCAGUUAAAACGACGUUACGACAAGCCUGUCCUCGCACGAACUGUCAAAUACCCCACACGAGACGGUAAACGAGACGCUUAUCUUCUCAAGUCGGGUGAUGGAGAGAAACCCUCACCGAAAGAUCUGGUUUACAUCGACAAGUCGCCGAAUUACUGCGACGAACAUAGAAUGAAAAGAAUUCCGGGUACGGUGGAGCGUAAGUGCAACAGAACCGCCUCGAGUUCUGGCAGUUGUGAGUUUCUGUGCUGUGGACGAGGCUACGAUACUCAUGAGAUCGUCAGAAGAUGGGAUUGUAACUGCAAGUUUCAUUGGUGCUGUUAUGUGAAAUGCAAGAAAUGCAAAGAGAGGACCGAAGAGUUCAGAUGCAAAUAAGACAGCGGUGGAAUGGGCACUACCCAGCACUAAGGCUUGUGUGCAGUGCAGAUUAGAAUAAUCAUUGAUUUUUCUCUCUUUUCAAUUAUUCUGUCGUUAGGGGUCAGCGUUUCGUUAAAAAAAAAAAUGAUCUUUCGUCGUCUCUGAACGACAACGUUUUCAAACUAACAGGAAUAUUAUUGCGGGAGCUGGAAACUUGUUGACUGCUUUCUAAUUUACUGAAAAGAGCAGUAUAGUUUAAGUUGAUAAACUGAAAGAAUUGCUAAGUCGUUUUAUUCUAUUUUAUUUAUCGAUAGAAUUCAUAUUCAAUUCGCCACUUUAACAACGAGAAGAGACUUUUGCGAGCAUCAUCUUGUAGUCAUGAAAUAUUUUGUUAUGUUGUGUAAUGUCAAGCCCUGGCCAAACGAUCGCAACAUUU